GAAGAUAGACCAGUUCAAGCUAGGUGCUGGAGUCAUGCCUGCAAGUUUUAAAGUACUUCACGAUCCUGUUAGGAACUAUGAGACUAUAACUGCAGAUUUUGGCGAAAGUGCUAUCGGUAGAGUUGCUCCUGUGGAUUCAGGCUUCUGGUGGAUUAUACUACUUCGUGCAUACACAAAGUCUACAGGGGAUACUUCUUUGGCUGAGAUGCCUGAAUGCCAAAGGGGUAUAAGGCUGAUUCUUGAAUUAUGUCUUUCAGAAGGUUUUGAUACAUUCCCAACGCUGCUGUGUGCUGAUGGAUGCUCUAUGAUUGAUCGCAGAAUGGGUGUCUAUGGUUAUCCUAUUGAAAUACAAGCGCUUUUCUUUAUGGCCUUAAGAUGUGCCUUGCUUCUCCUUAAACCCGACGAAGAAGGCAGAGAGUGUUGUGAUGCAAUAAUCAAACGCCUUCAUGCUUUAAGCUUUCACAUGAGAAGUUACUUUUGGCUGGACAUAAAACAGCUGAAUGAUAUAUACCGUUACAAAACUGAAGAGUACUCUCACACUGCGGUAAACAAGUUUAAUGUGAUGCCAGAUUCCCUCCCAGACUGGGUUUUUGAUUUCAUGCCAAGUCGUGGUGGUUACUUCAUUGGAAAUGUUAGUCCUGCUCACAUGGACUUCCGUUGGUUUUGUUUGGGCAACUGUAUUGCAAUUUUGUCAUCUUUGGCUACACCUGAGCAAGCUUCGGCCAUAAUGGAUCUUGUUGAAUCAAGAUGGCAAGAGCUAGUAGGAGAAAUGCCGCUAAAAAUCUGUUAUCCCGCUAUGGAAGGUCAUGAAUGGAGGAUUGUUACAGGAUGUGAUCCUAAAAACACUAGUUGGAGUUAUCAUAAUGGUGGAUCUUGGCCAGUUCUUCUAUGGCUCCUUACUGCAGCAGCUAUCAAGACUGGUAGACCCCAAAUAGCACGACGGGCCAUUGAACUAGCUGAAUCGCGAUUACUAAAAGAUAGCUGGCCGGAAUAUUAUGAUGGAAAGCUUGGUCGAUUUAUCGGAAAGCAGGCUCGUAAGUUCCAGACAUGGUCCAUUGCCGGUUACUUGGUAGCUAGAAUGAUGUUGGAAGAUCCAUCUCAUUUGGGUAUGAUAGCACUUGAAGAAGAUAAACAGAUGAAGCCUACCAUGAAAAGAUCUGCUUCUUGGACCUGUUAAUAUCCUUGUAUACAAUUUCUCUACCAAACAACAUGUUUUUUUUGUUUUUUUUUGGGAAUUCUUAAUCAUUCUCUUUUAGUUUGUCUCAAAAAUGUCGAAUUUUCGUUGAAUUGACCACGAGAUUGUACACAUUACUCUGUUUUCCCCCCCGGUUAAUCUGGUUUUUGUCUAAGGAUGUCCAUUGAAUGCCAAAGAUGUUUGAUGUUAGCUGAUC